AUGGCUCCUUCCGUCUCCGAGUUAACAGCACAAGUCCAGGAGGUCAACCUUAAGUCGAGUACUAAGGGGCAGAGCGAACCCCUGUACCCGCUUUACUAUCCUCAUUUCGACUUGAAUGAGAAGUUCCCUCCGACUCAGCUGUUCGAUCACGUCGACCCAGGCACUCGUGCUGAUCGUGCCAAGCCGCACAUCCUAACUCCAGAGACGAAAGUCCGUAACCUCAGCACGUACUUAGGUACCGAAGUCAGCGGGGUCCAGAUCUCACAACUCAGCAAAGAGGGCCUUGACGAACUCGCUCUCUACGCUGCCGAGAGAAAGGUACUCUUAUUCCGGAAUCAAGAUUUCAAAGACAUUGGUCCCGAAAAACAGAUUGAGAUUGCCAGGCACUUUGGUCCCAUUCAAAGGCACCCCACAUCUGGAAAUGUGAAAGGAUAUCCCGAAUUCCAUGUUGUCUAUCGUGAUACCGAGCAUGAUAGAUUCAGGGACCACUUUGGAAAUAGCCGUUCCAACCUUAUUGACUGGCAUUCUGACAUUUCAUAUGAGAAACAAACACCUGGAACGACAUUCUUUUUCAUCCUUGAGCAGCCUGAAAUCGGCGGAGACACGCUCUUCGCUUCUCAGGUAGAGGCCUAUAACAGGCUUUCACCCGAGUUUAAGAAACGUCUAGAAGGCCUGCGGGCUUUGCAUAGCGCUGUCCGCCAGGCUGAUGAGUCCGCGAAAAAAGGCGGUCCAGUCAGGCGAGAACCAGUUGAGACUGAGCAUCCUCUUGUACGCCAACAUCCUGUUACGGGUGAGAAAGCGCUCUACGUCAACCAAGGUUUCACAAGGCGCAUCGUUGGUUUCAAAAAUGAGGAAUCAGAGUAUCUCCUGAAAUUCCUCUAUGAUCACAUUGCCAAGAACGCAGACAUACAUAUUCGCGCCACUUACGAACCCGGCACCGUCGUUGUCUGGGACAACCGUGUUACCGUACACUCUGCAACAGGUGACUUCUCUAAUGUCCAAAGGAGACACGCGGUCCGCUUGACCCCGCAAGCUGAGGUGCCCAUUCCCGCUUAAACCUGUCAUUUAGCAUGACAUGAGCUUUUCAUCCGGAAGAGCAUAAAAUGCUCUCAUAACAUUUUGUUAAAUUUUAUUUUGUAAAUGUGCCCGUGUAUUGUACGAGUAUCUAUGCAAGCUGUUGUUAUCUUGACAUAUAUGUCAUCGCAGAUUAUGCGGGGGAAAAUACUCGCAACACUACUGCACCAUGACCUGAGUGAGAACACACUGGCAUAAUACAAGAUAAGAGUUCAACUGAAUGUACGCUUUUCCAUUACGCCAGACACUACCCGACGACACCCCCUAUGCAUAUAUACGACACAUUCAUUAGUAGAAAACCAACACCAAACAGAAAUAACUUCAGCAGUUGCUAUCUGAUCAAAAAAAAAUGAGCGUGAUACAGUAUGAUAAGAAAGAACACUGGUUGCCAGUCAGAAGCAACGGUGAGACUUUAUUUUAUUGGCCGCUAGCAGCGAGCUUGCGAAGAAAUUGAGAUAAAAGAAACAAGACAUGGGACAGGCGUUAAACAUGGUGACAAGUUGGAACUUCCAAUAUGCGCUAGGAAGAGUUAUUGUAGUCACGAAAUUGGAUCACUGUUGCUUGCAUUCUUCUGGGUUGACAUUGCCUGCGGCUGCACCACCUCGCCCCUUCGGUGGACCGCGGCGUCUUGCGGGAACUUCAAUAUCUGAGUCCGAGUCCU